AAUGUACAGAACAGCUGAUCGACACGAUGUUCGAAUAAUUUCUUCUAGGUUAGCAAAGUUUCAUCAGAUUGAUCAGUGCUUGCACUAAAGUAGAGUUAUAACCUCAAAAGAAUUUCACGUAGAUUGAAGCGGUGAAUACGACGUUUAUGUGAAUAAGAACGUUUAAAUAAAUGUUGAAUGAUGCGCCUUAUGACAGCAAUGAAUUUCAAGAUUUUGCCUGUUUUUCGGCAUCGUGUGACGAAUGUUCGACCAUUCUGUAGAAAUCAUCGGCCGAAUUACGAAGAGUUGUCGAUGCAUGUACGACCACAAUUUCGAAGAAUAAAACUUAAUGAAUAUCAUGGAAUAUUCAUAAAAAAUAUCCAUACCCGUCGACAAACUGCGGCUAUUAUCUCGAUUAGAUCGUUUGCCACUAAACGAUUUAAUGAUAAAGAUUCAUCCAACGGCAACAAUGAAGAUGAUAUCAGUGAUCCAGGUUCAUUACCUGCUACAGUGGUUGUACCAGAAGUAUGGCCUCAUGUUCCUGUUAUAGCAAUUAAUAGAAAUCCAGUGUUUCCAAGAUUUAUAAAGUUAAUAGAACUUAGUAAUCCGAUUCUUAUAGAUUUAAUACGUAGAAAGGUCAAAUUAAAUCAACCAUAUGUUGGAAUCUUCUUAAAGAAAGCAGAAGAAAAUGAAGCAGAAAUUGUACAAAAUUUGGAUGAUAUUUACCCUGUUGGAACAUUUGCACAAAUACAUGAAGUACAAGAUUUAGGAAAUCGAUUGAGAUUAGUUGUAAUGGCACAUAGAAGGAUUAAGAUUGUUGGUCAGAUCUUAGAAGAACUUCCUAAACCUACUCAUGAAAUGAAACUGACGUUCCCUCUUUUAAAUGCAACAAUUCACGUCCCUGUAGACGAUUCAGUUUCCGGUGGCAAACCGAGUCGCAGAUUGUCAAUUCGUAAAAAAACUGAAAACAAAGUGCCAGAACCAGUACAAAAAAUUGAAGAAAGUAGUACUCCUGAGAAUAAGGUAACAGAAGGAGUACAGGAGAAAGUUGAAGAAAAAAUAAAUCCUUCAACAGACACCACAGCUCAAACUGGCACCCCUCAACCUUUAUUAAUGGUAGAAGUUGUAAAUAUUACCCAUGAGAAAUUUAGGCAAACUGAAGAAAUAAAAGCUUUGACACAAGAAUUAAUUAAAACAAUUCGAGAUAUAAUAAGCAUGAAUCCAUUAUACCGUGAAUCUUUACAACAAAUGUUGCAUCAAGGACAGAGGGUUGUAGAUAAUCCAGUUUAUUUGAGUGAUUUGGGUGCAGCUUUAACAGGAGCAGACGCACAAGAAUUGCAGCAAGUGUUAGAAGAAAUGGAUAUUUUAAAAAGAUUAAGAUUAUCAUUGGCACUGUUAAAGAAAGAAUAUGAGUUAAGUAAACUUCAACAAAAAAUUGGUAGAGAAGUUGAAGAAAAAGUCAAACAACAGCACAGAAAAUAUAUUCUUCAUGAGCAAUUAAAAGUUAUUAAAAAAGAAUUGGGUCUUGAAAAAGAUGAUAAAGAUGCUAUAGGAGAGAAAUAUAGAGAACGUAUAAGAGAGAAAACAGUUCCAAAAGCAGUGAUGGAUGUGCUUGAAGAAGAAUUAAAUAAAUUAAAUUUCUUGGAGAGUCACAGUAGUGAAUUUAAUGUGACGAGAAAUUACUUGGAUUGGCUUACAUCCAUGCCAUGGGGUAUAACUAGUCCAGAAAAUUUAAAUCUUCAACAGGCAAUUGAAAUUUUAGAUAAAGACCAUUAUGGAAUGGAAGAUAUAAAAAAACGAAUCUUGGAAUUUAUUGCUGUCAGUCAACUGAAAGGGUCAACGCAAGGAAAAAUAUUAUGUUUCCAUGGACCACCAGGAGUUGGAAAAACAUCAAUAGCCAAGUCAAUUUCCCGUGCACUUAAUAGAGAGUAUUUUAGAUUUAGCGUUGGUGGAAUGACAGAUGUUGCAGAAAUCAAAGGUCAUAGAAGAACUUAUGUGGGUGCCAUGCCUGGUAAAAUUAUACAGUGUUUAAAAAAGACCAAGACUGAAAAUCCACUUGUUCUUAUUGAUGAAGUUGAUAAGAUUGGAAAAGGCCAUCAAGGUGAUCCAGCAUCAGCUCUUUUGGAAAUGUUGGAUCCAGAGCAAAAUGCAAACUUCUUAGAUCAUUACUUAGAUGUUUCUGUUGAUUUAUCAAAAGUGCUCUUUAUUUGUACAGCAAAUGUGAUCGAUACAAUUCCAGAACCUUUAAGAGAUCGCAUGGAAAUGAUAGACAUGUCGGGUUAUGUCGCAGAGGAAAAGCUUGCUAUUGCUAAGCAGUAUUUAGUACCACAAGCAAUGAAUGAUUCAGGUCUCUCUAAUCAACAGAUCAGUAUAAACGAUAAUGCACUUCACUUAUUAAUUAAAUCUUACUGUCGAGAAUCGGGAGUAAGAAGUCUUCAGAAACACAUAGAAAAAGUUAAUCGGAAAGUUGCGUACAAAGUGGUUAAGAAAGAAACGGAUAAAGUAGACGUAAAUGAGAACAAUUUGCAGGAGUUCGUAGGGAAACCUAUGUUCACACACGAUAGAAUGUACGAAGUUACGCCUCCUGGAGUCGUUAUGGGUCUUGCAUGGACAGCUAUGGGAGGUUCUACUCUGUUCAUUGAAACAAGAGUGAGAAAACCUACUGGAAAGAAAUCAGAGGGUACCUUAGAAUUCACCGGCCAUUUAGGUGAUGUGAUGAAAGAGUCUAUUCACAUAGCAAUGACGGUUGCAAGAAACUUUAUGAUUCGGGAAGAUCCAUCUAAUACUUUUUUAAUCGAUUCUCAUUUACAUUUACACGUUCCUGAAGGUGCUACACCGAAAGAUGGGCCUAGCGCCGGUAUUACGAUCGCAAUAGCAUUAAUUUCGAUUGCUAAGAAUCAGUCUAUUAGACAAAAUGUUGCAAUGACUGGUGAACUUAGUCUCAUGGGUAGGAUUCUUCCUGUUGGCGGUAUUAAAGAAAAGACGAUUGCUGCAAAACGAGUUGGCGUAAACUGUGUAAUUCUACCCGAGGAAAAUAAGAAAGAUUACAAUGAUCUUCCUAAGUACAUCACGGAUGGCCUGGAAGUUCAUUUUGCCACCACUUUUGAAGACGUGUACCGCAUAUGUUUUGCACCACAGCAAGAAACUGAUACUGUUCGUCAUCAAAAUCCUUUAGAUCUUGAUAUUUCACCGCCGCAAAGUGCACCACUUUUGGGUAAAAAUACUGGCUGAAUUAAGGAUCAAGUACUUAAGCAUCGUAAAGAUUGAUUAUUACACGAUCUUACAUGUGCCUGAUGUAUUUGAGAUAUUCACCUAUAUAUUUCACCAAUAUUAGAUUUUAAAAUAAUUGAAUCUAUUUUAUCACAUAUUGUUUUAUUUAUAGAAUCAUUUAAAUAAAAAUGCAGAGAAUUAAUUUA